AUGGCACAGGAUGCAGUGUCCUCUCUUAUUGACAAGCUGAUUCCUUUGCUGACCAAAGAAGCAAAACUGUUACGAGGCAUCCAUGGAGAAGUUGCUGACAUCAAAGGUGAGCUUGAUAACAUUCAGUCCUUCCUUAAGGAUGCAGAUACAAGGGCAGCAGCUGAAGAAGACAUGAGUGAGGGUGUCAAAACAUGGGUAAAACAAGUAAGAGAAGUAGCUUUUCGUAUAGAUGUUGCGACCGACCAAUACUUGGUUCAGGUGGCACUACACGAUCCUCAUUGGCGUGGCUUCCGUGGUUUACUCCAGAAAACCACUCACUUGCUCAAAACAUUAAAACCACGCCAUGAGAUAGCGGCUGAGAUUCAAAAGAUCAAAGCAUCAAUUCAGAAAAUCAAGGAAAGAAGUGAAAGAUAUGGUUUCCAAUCCACAGAUCAAGGAUCAAGUAGUGGUUCUCAGAGUGUUAUGUGGGUUGACCCUCGAAAGGAUUCCUUUUAUCUUGAUGAUACUGACGUUGUAGGAAUUGAAACUCAUAGAGAUAAAUUGAUUGGCUGGCUGGUAAAAGGACGUUCUCACCGUACUGUGCUUUCGGUGGUAGGAAUGGGGGGACUGGGCAAGACCACUCUUGUUAAGAAAGUCUAUGAUCACCGGAGGGUACAAGGACACUUUGAUUGCCAUGCUUGGAUUCCAGUGUCUCAAUCGUACAACGUGGAAGGUUUACUAAGAAGCAUGAUAAGGCAAUUUCGCAAUGCUAGAAUGGAGUCUCUCGUGGCAAGAAUAGAUGCAAUGGAUGAGGAGUUGUUGAUUCAUGAAUUGAGAGAUUACUUACGAAAAAAGAGGUACGUGGUCAUAUUUGAUGAUGUAUGGAAAAUAGACUUUUGGGAGGAUAUAAAACAUGCUUUAAUUGAUAAUAACAAGGGUAGUAGAAUUAUGAUCACAACACGAAACACAGAGGUUGUUGAUUUUUGUAAAAAAUCUUCACCCGUUCUUGUGUACGAGUUGCAACCACUACCUCCUAUUGAGGCUUGGAAGCUAUUUUGCAAAAGGGCCUUCAAAUUUGAUUUUGAAGGACAUUGCCCCCUAGAGUUGAGGGAAUUGUCUUAUGACAUUAUUGAGAAAUGCAAAGGAUUACCACUUGCUAUUGUUGCUAUUGGUAGCCUUUUGUCAACCAAAGAUAAAACUAUCUUUGAAUGGAAAAACUUGCAUGAUAGCCUUGGAUUUGAGCUAGGAAGAAGUCCACAUCUUUCAGGUGUCAACAAAAUUUUAUCUCUGAGUUUUGAAGAUUUGCCUUACAACCUCAAGUCUUCCUUAUUAUACCUUGGUAUGUACCCGGAGGACUAUUCAAUUAAUUGCGUAAGAUUGAUUAGACAAUGGAUAGCUGAAGGCUUUGUGAAGGAAAUCGAGGGUAAAACAUUUGAGGAGGUUGCACGAGAAUACUUGACAGAAUUAAUCCAUAGAAGCUUAGUUCAAGUAUCAGAGUUUGAUUUUGAUGGAAAAGCUAGACGAUGUCGACUCCAUCAUCUUCUUCGUGAGAUCAUCCUCCAAAAGAUGAAGGAUUUUAGUUUUUGUCAUGUUUUGUCAAAAAAGGGGUCUAACUUUGAAGGACUAACUCGACGUAUGUCAGUUGAUAGAGUUUCAUAUGAUGUACUAAAGGGAUUUGAGGACUCUCACAUUCAUUCUCUUUUAUUGUUCAAUCUUGAUGAAUUGCCGAAGUCCUUUAUGAGUACUUUUUUUGCUAAUUUCAAGCUUUUGAAAGUAAUGGAUUUUGAAGAUGCUUUACUAGAUUUCAUUCCUGAAGAUGUGGGAAUUUUAUUUCACUUAAGAGAUUAA